UGGGUCCUGUCUUGUGUGAAGGGAGAGAACUGGGAAGGAGUGCCGUGCAAUGCUUAUAUUGCUUUUAACGCCUCUUUGAUGUGAGCACUAAGGCCAGUGAUCGGAGUUUCGUAAAUUCCCUUCCUUUGCCGGAACCCUGUUGCAGCUGCUGCUGCUGCUGUGUUCUCCAUUCUCACAGGCCUCCUCCAAACGGCUUAAGCUCUCUCUGUUGUCAAUGGCAGAGCCUCCGAGAUUUUCAGGGAAUCAUCGCGAAGACGACGCUGGAGCUGCUUUCGUCUUAGAAUCAAAAGGGAAUUGGUGGCAUGCCGGAUUUCAUCUGACGACGGCGAUAGUGGGGCCAUCAAUACUGACUCUGCCUUACGCCUUCAGGGGACUGGGAUGGGCGAUGGGGUUCUUUUGUCUGACGGGGAUGGCCGUUGUCACCUUCUACUCUUAUUAUCUCAUGUCCAAGGUUCUCGACCACUGCGAGAAGGAGGGUCGCCGCCACAUCAGAUUCCGGGAGCUCGCCGCCGAUGUCCUCGGGUCGGGGUGGAUGUUUUAUUUUGUAAUUUUUAUUCAGACGGCUAUCAAUACUGGAGUUGGAAUCGGUGCUAUACUGCUUGCGGGGGAGUGCCUCCAGAUCAUGUACUCGAAUCUUUAUCCAGAUGGGCCGUUGAAAUUAUACGAGUUCAUAGCAAUGGUGGCAGUGGUCAUGAUAGUUCUCUCUCAACUUCCAUCCUUCCAUUCUCUCAGAUACAUUAACCUCGGCUCGCUUCUGCUAAGCUUGGGCUACACCUUUCUGGUGGUUGGUGCAUGUAUUUAUGCAGGACAUUCCAAACGUGCCCCCUUAAAGGAUUACUCCUUGGACGCUUCAAAAUCAACUAGAACGUUCAAUGCUUUUACAUCCAUUUCUAUCUUGGCAGGCAUCUUUGGGAACGGAAUCCUACCAGAGAUACAAGCCACUGUUGCUCCACCAGCUACAGGAAAAAUGGUGAAAGGGCUUCUUAUGUGUUAUGCAGUUUCAUUUGUCACCUUCUACUCAAUAGCUGUUUCUGGAUAUUGGGCAUUCGGAAGUAAAUCCAUUUCAAACAUUCUCAAGAGCCUAAUGCCAGACGAUGCGCCUUCGUUGGCUCCAAUAUGGGUUCUUGGUCUCGCAGUUAUCUUUGUUCUCUUUCAGCUCUUUGCCAUUGGUCUGGUUUAUUCUCAAGUUGCGUAUGAAAUCAUGGAAAAAAAAUCAGCCGAUGUGAAUCAAGGGAUGUUCUCCAGGAGGAACCUAAUUCCGAGGCUACUGCUGAGAACCUUGUACAUGGUGUUCUGUGCAUUUUUUGCAGCAAUGCUGCCAUUCUUUGGUGACAUCAGUGGAGUAGUAGGGGCUAUCGGUUUUAUUCCUCUUGAUUUUAUACUUCCCAUGCUUCUCUUCAACAUGACCCAUAGACCUCCAAAAACAUCCUUCACCUUCUGGAUCAACAUAUCUAUUAUAGUUGUCUUCACUGGUGUUGGAAUCAUGGGCUCCUUCUCCUCUAUAAGGAAGUUGAUCCUUGAUGCUAAAAAGUUCAAGCUCUUCAGUAGUGAUGUAGUCGACUGAAAUGUGAUCUCACCAUUCCAAGAAAUCAAGAACUGCUGCUUGAUCUUGGGAAACAAGGAGAGUGUGCAGAAACUGGCUAAUUUGUUGAAAAUCCAAUGGCUAUUCGCUGUUUCAAUGCCAUCAGGGCACACAUAUUAUACGAGAACAACUGUUUUAUUUGAUAAAUGGGCUAACAGUUUGACAAAAUACAAAGCUAAACAUGGAGUAGGAGUUGUUAUUGUCCAUAAUCUGGAUUCAUUCUUCAGCCCCAACUGUGAAAUUAAUGUACACAUUACAAGGAAUUGCUGUCAAAAGUUGGAAAAACAAUUGGUAACAUUUCUUUUGUGCCUU